AUGGAUGAGCAGCUGGCCUCAACACCUUCAAGUCGGUCCUUCGCAUCCCCAUCAUCUCACCGCCGUUCCUCGCCUCUACGAUAUUCUGGAUUACCUGAUCCUGAUUCAAAGAAGGCCUUGCAUAAGCUUAGUAUUGCACGGAAGAAGUCAAACCAGUGGGAGUGUUGGCGCUCCGUUACCAUUCCAGCACUGAUCACCCCCUAUAUGGACUACUUGGCGCGUACCCUAGACAAGGAAUCGAAUCAGAGUGGGGAGCAUAAUUGCACAUGUGGUGGUGUGGAUACAAAAACUUCGCAAGUUUUACUCGUGUACAUUGAUCGUGAUAUGGAUGUCCAUGCAUGCAGCUGCACAUCAGCUGCAUGUUAUCUAGUCUCUCGUGGUUUCUUCCCCUGCGCCCCUGUAGCCCCAUCCGUUGCGUUCGACAUGAAUAUGAUGGAACUCGUAUCAACGUUGUUCUUGAGAGUCGCGCCUAGUAUAACGGCGUGGGCAUCAACUCUAGAGACAUUUCUAGGUGCCAGACAUUUCAAACUUCGCACUCGGCAUUCCGUACGGCGCUGCCUGGGGAAUGCUCUGAACUGGUACACUCACCUCGUGAAUUGCGUACAAGCGAAAGUCACUAGCACUAUCAACGAGGCACGAUUAGCCAAUGCAGGGGCGCCUAUGUUUACCGAGUCGCAGAGCCAGCCUGCACCGAGCGCUCGCAACUGCGAGGCGCCAUCACAAACACCAAAACCAUCGGCUCAACCCGAGUGUCAUCCAUCGACUCUUCCUCCCGGCUUGCUUGCAGAAGGAGAGAGGCCGAGCACAUACUUGCGAUCGCGCUGUCCUCUAUGCUUCAGUGCUUCAAAGGACGAUGCAUGCGCAGCAUUCGAUGCCAUUGUAUGCGUCGACGCUUGUUUCAGUCAAAAAAGGCGCGCAGGUCCGCGGGAUCCUCAGAGAAGUCAUCCAGACUCCGUUUUCGUUCCUGAGGCUGACGUCCAAGCCAUGGAAAAGCUCGUCUCGAUUAUCCGCGGCAGUUCCGAGGCAGCACGGAAGAGUGCCGCUCCUGACGCCCAUCCCAAUGCGGAACCGGACAAAUGCGAGGGCCCUCUCCAAGUCCCAAAUUCUGUCCUGGAUGGCUGUGAGUCCUCGUUCAAAGCCGCAGACAAACGACGAGAAAAAGCAAGUACGACCUUCUUCAGCGACACUGGACUCAUGGCUAUGAUCUGUCGACAUGAUUGUGUACUGUGGUUGGUCAACAUGACUAGCGCCAGUGAACGCCAGCACUAUGUGCUAACGUUGAUUCAGAGACUCUUCCAACAUAUCCCAACAUCAUGGCGAAUCGGCUUACUGUACGACAUCGGCUGCCAAAUCCACCGGAGCAUCUACAAAUGGGGCUUUCUACUCAAUAUCCGCGAUCGCAUUACGUUUGCUAUAUCGGUCUUCCACGCUUAUGGACAUCAGUGGCCAUGUCAGACUUGUUACCAUCCACGAAAAUGCAAGGGCUUUGGUCUAUGCGACGGCGAAGGGUGCGAAAGGUGCUGGAGCGCCCUCAGUCACCUAGUCGCGAACUUGCGAUCUUGCGGAUACUUUCAGCGGCUAUAUAUCCUGGACUGUCAGGUGCAUCAUCUGGAAAGGAAGCAUCUCCAUAAUCUCGGGACGUGGUUGAUGAAAAAGUACGAAAGCUGCUUGCUUCGACUUUCCAAGGCCCAGAAGGAACUGCUGGAUUCUGGUGUCCACAGGGAUAAGCUCCUCGCAGAAUGGACUAGUCAGUGUCUUGCACAGACUAAGCCGAUGCCGAGGCAAUCGAAGAAUGCCGGUGCGAAGUAUGUAGAGGCAAUACUCACCCUGGAAGACCGUAUCCGCUCCCUUGACACGGCCAUCGCUAAAGCUCACACGAACAUCGACGCUCACGAUCUCACUCAGGCGCUAGAAUCUCAGAUGAUUCUCGAGGAUGAAAAACUGAAUGCGCAGAAGAAGCUCGUGAAAUACGAAUCAUUCUUGGAUGGAUCGUCGCGCAACAACCUUCAAGCCUUGCGGAAAGAUCAAUUUCUUGGUCGCAAGGCGAACGCGCUCGCACUUAAAACGCGGAUUCGAGAUAAACUGAGGCAACGCAAGUUCGAAAUUUCCCUGCUGCAAGGGAUGCGCAUAGGAAAUUCGUCUGGGCGUAAAUUACAUGAGCAUACGACGUCGGCCAUCGGAAAGCGUGAACCUGCCAUUCAGGCCGUCGUCAAGAAAUACAAUGCCCUAUGCAGCGAGAUGGACAAAUUAAUCAAGAAAGGCCAAGCCCCCCCCGGCGCGGCUUCUCCCACUGCAAUCAAUUUAGCUACGUUUUGGUCCUUAGACGUUGACGACCCUAUUUGGCAGGAUGCUGGGCUAUUGGAUGACGAUGAUGGCUCGUCUUCUACCGCUUGGCUUACAGACGAGAAGGUUCGAAAGGGAAUACGCGCGAUGCUUGAAGUGGACCGCUGUCACGAAGAGUUAACGCGCAUCCGCAAAGAGCGUGGAACAAUGCAAAGUUGGCUUCGAGAGGAAUGGGCCACCGUCGAGAAAGUUCAGAGUGCCAUCAGUGAGUGUACCCUCGUUGAUAUACACUUGGGUCCGGGUAUGAGGUAUCAGCUGCAAGUCCACCGCGAGAGACUUCUGCAGCUCGCGGUUGUCUGGCGCCGUCGAGCCGGCGAUAUCCCGUCGCACAAACCGCAACCUGAAUCUUGGGGCCCAUCA